UCGGCUGCAGGCAGAGACGCGGGUGGCCAGCGAUGGCCGCGGAGGGGGCCGACUGGGGCCUGGCCCACGGAGGCCGAUGGAUGGCGGUGGCCGAAGAGCCAUGCCCCUUGUCGAGGGCAUGCUGUGGGUCUCGCGCCUGUCUGUCCCGCCGCCGCCGCGGCCGCCGUCACCACCCUGCGAGGUAGGAACGCCCAUCUGAAGUUAGACUGGCUACGUUUCAAGGGCUCAACAGCCACAACUGAUAGCAGCUACCGCAUCGGACCAUGCAGAGCUAGAUGGGGAGGCAGGAAAGAAAUCAAGUGGAUUCCACACCAAGUGGUGAAAAGUGUUAACCCUCAAGGCGCUGGAGGAGGAAGACCAGCCUGCACUAUGAAUCCAUGGCUCCUGGUCUGCCUGGUGGCCUGCUUCGUGGGUGCCUGGGCUCCCACUGUCCACGCUCAAGGUGCUUUUGAGGACUGCUGCCUGGCUUACCAUGGCCCAGCAAGACGGUCCAUGCUCCGGUACGCCCAGAGUUACCAUCGCCAGGACGUGAGCGGGAGCUGCAACCUGCCUGCGGUGAUAUUCUUCUUCCCCCAGAAAAACAAGAUGGUGUGUGGGAAGCCAAGGGCCAGGUGGGUGCAGAUUGGGAUGAAGAUCCUGGAUGCUCGGAAGAAGACCCAUUUAAAGCCCCACCACGGCACCCGGAGAAACUUCCAGGUCCCUCAUUCUGGGGUGAGGAAGUUGAGCUCUGGAAACUCCACACUACCAUUGUCGAAGUUUAGCGGUCCCACCAGAAGCAGCAACAGGAAAACCUCCCUCCUGAGAACAGCUAAUCCAGGUCAGGACUCUUGAGCAUGUGACCAUUCCUCCCCUCAUCACUGCUGAGGAAUGAGGGCUCCUGAUCAGCCCGGACUGGGUCAGGGGACUCACCUCCAGGACCACGGAGGGCUGGCUCUGUGGUCAGCCCCACAGAUUCGCAUGGGGGGGGUCCUAGGGGGCUGUUCAUUAUUACCCUGCUCCGGCCCAGGGGGCUUCGGCAAGUGCUGAAAUGAAACGCCAAGUGUGUGGACUGAAAACUUCAGGGCCCCUGACUCCACUCCAGCGCCCCCUCCCCCGCCGAUCCGCCCCGUCAUUCCUGCAGGACCAUGAGCCCGCACUUCUCUAGGAUCAGCCAGCAUGAGAUGGGCUGGACCUCUGUAUGCCACAGUUAUCACCCUGCAGCCUCAGCUGCCCCAGCCCCUCUGUGCUUCAGGGCAAAUCUCAGUCCCCGCACCUGAGGCUGCAUCAGUUCCCUCCCUGUCACCCCUGCUACCUCCGGCUCCUCAGAUAGCUGGAACAAGGGAGCUCUGUUAUUUCAAGCCCCGUGCCUACUCCAGGCACCAGAGUCACACCUGCCUGGGCAACGAUUCUUGGAAAGAACCAUCACUAUAGUUGCCUACCUGUAGGGACACACCUGCCUGUGUCCCUCUGGGUCUUUGCAAAGCUUCAGUUCUCUCCCAGGA